ACACACUCGUCCUCUCUCUAGACAACUCUUCUUCUUCUUCGUCAGAUCCGAGAUGGGCAUUGAGAAUGGAGGAUCCGAAUCCGAAGACGCCACAACAAAGAUUCAUCUGGUGUUCACGUACGGGACCUUAAAGCGAGGCUUCGGGAAUCAUUCGCUUUUACAGGAUCUCAUGCGAACCGGGGACGCCGUCUUCAAGGGCACAUACCAAACAGUACAGAAAUAUCCCCUCGUGUGCGGGCCAUACAUGGUCCCUUUUCUACUCAAUUUCCCGGGCGUCCCUGGUUCCCGCACUGUCUCCGGCGAGCUCUACGCCGUCUCCGCCCGCGGCCUCGUCCCAAUCGACGAGCUGGAAGGCACCACGCAGGGCCACUACGAGCGAUUGCCCAUCGAGGUGGUGGUGGUGGGGCCCAAUGAUGAUGGUGGAGAAAAAAGGGUGUGGGCAGAGGCUUAUUACGCGCACGGGAAUUACGCGGCGGAGAUGUGGAGGAAGAACGGGAACAGAGGGCUUGGGGAGUAUUCUGAUAAGGAAGCAAAGGGGUAUGUAAAGAGGAAAGAUAGACCACAGCAUGUGAGCUUCCUGGACCAGAUUCAUGUCUUCGUCACAUCCUCCACUUCUUCUUCUGUUGAUUAUUAAUUUCUUUGAAUUACUUUUUUUUUCUUUUCUGUAUUUUGUAGUUUUUGUGUUUUCUUCAAUUAUGAAUAUGUGAAUAACUGAAUACAAUUGAUGUAAGCUCACAUUAGAUUGCUUAUCUCAGUA